AUGAGUUCCGACAUUCUCAACCACGACCUCUUACCCUUCCACCUCUCCAUUCUCGAGCACUUUCACGACCCCUUGACGAGUGACCUUCUCCUCCUUGCCCGUGGCCUUGGCCUUCGCAAGAUAUUAUGCACCCUGAUGCAGAUAUACGACUCGCCCCAGAACCUCGUCCUACUCGUGAACGCGUCCCCCGAGGAAGAAGCCGCCAUCGGGGAAGAGCUAGGGAUCAUGGGAUGCAGGAACCCUGGCUUGCGUAUGGUGGGCUAUGAAAUGCCAAAGAAAGACAGGCAGGAUCUAUACAAGAAAGGGGGCUUGAUAUCCGUGACGUCCCGGAUUCUUGUCGUCGACAUGCUACAAUCAGACAUUCCUACAGACCUCAUCACAGGUCUCCUCAUGCUGCAUGCCGAAAGGGUCAACGCAUUGUCCCUUGAAGCAUUCAUCGUCCGCCUCUAUCGCGAGAAGAACAAAAAGGGAUUUCUCAAAGCUUUCUCUGAUCAACCCGAGCAUAUCACUUCGGGGCUCUCUCCAUUGAAGAACAUCAUGAAGGAGCUGCAGUUACGGACAGUCCACAUCUAUCCGCGAUUCCACACGAGUGUAAAAGAUUCGCUUGAGAAGAAUCGGGCCGAUGUCAUCGAGCUGUAUCAGCCCAUGACGAAGCUUAUGAACGACAUUCACAGUGGCAUCGUCCAAUGCAUGAGUACGACUCUCUCCGAACUCAAGCGUUCAAAUACGACGUUGGACCUGGAUGACCUGAAUGUCGAAAACGCCUACUUCCGAUCAUUCGACGCGAUCGUGCGCAGGCAGCUUGAUCCCGUGUGGCACAAAGUUGGCCCUCGGACUAAACAACUCGUAAACGACCUCGCAACGCUCCGUCGACUUCUAACAUAUCUUCUCACCUACGACGCCCUUGCGUUCCACGCCUACCUUGAAAGCAUAAUUGCAUCUAAUUCUAUCUCAGCCUCUGGCGCCGCUCGUCAGAAUCAUUCGCCGUGGCUACUGACUGAUGCUGCACACAUCAUUUUUCAAAGUGCAAAAAGGCGAUGUUACACGCUCGCCGCACCUACUGUAUCACGCCCUCCUGUCAUUGACUUGGUCGAUGACGAAGACGCUUGGGAUGCCCUGGACGAGAUUCAGGGUCAGAGCGGCAACAAAGACAAAGGUAAAGCAGUCGAGCGGAGAAGACCGAAGUGGCUGCCUGGCGGGAUGGAUAUGGUUCUGGAGGAGCUUCCCAAGUGGAGUCUUUUGGCUGAGGUGUUGAAGGAGAUUGAGGAAGAAAUCAUGAGGCAAGAGUCGGCGGGCAUGUCAUCCAAAGGAACCAACACUGUUCUCGUCAUGACUUCGUCCACCCAGACUUCCACCGCCCUCAACGAAUUCUUGUCGUCCAUGGACCCUGAAGCGGCUCCAGGUGCUCAGGGUCGGCAAAUGAUGGAAGCCAAGCUACGCGGGUAUCUAUGGUGGAAGGCAAAACUAAACGACGACAAGAAGGCGAGGCCUUCCGAAAAACCGUCUGACAAACCAGUCCCUAGGCCGGCGAGUGAAGAAAUAUCCGAGGCGCUCAAGAAGAAGGACAGAGACAAGAGAGAUCGGAUGGCGAGCAGACGGAGGGUUAGGGGAGGCGCUUCCGGUACAGUAUCGGCAGGACAGAAUGAUAGAGAUAUCUCGUCAAUACAAUCUCAGUUUGACGAGUUCUACGGGCUAUUACCGCCUCAGCAAACGGUCCUUGUGCGUGGAUAUUCGGACGACAGCGAUGAUCGUAUGUUGGCCGAGAUUCAGCCGCGCUUCAUCGUCAUUUUUGAGCCCAACCAGGAUUUUAUACGGCGCAUCGAGGUGUAUCGCAGCUCCAAUCCUGGGCUGGGUAUUCGGGUGUAUUUCAUGCUUUAUCAGACGAGCUGCGAAGAGCACAAAUACCUUGCAGGCUUGAGGAGAGAAAAGGAUGCGUUUGAGAGGCUGAUCAAGGAGCGUGGAACAAUGCUUAUGCCUAUAAUCGAAGACCAUCGAGCUGGAACCGAGGCAGGUGAAGCGAUGAUCAAGACGAUCAGCACACGGGUGGCUGGAGGAAGAAAGGAGGUGUCGACUGAGCCCUCGAAGGUUGUCGUUGACAUGCGCGAGUUUCGGUCCACGCUGCCAUCGUUGCUGCACGCAUCUAAAUUACUCGUGAUUCCGGCGACGCUGAUUGUGGGAGAUUACAUUUUAACGCCUGAUAUCUGUGUUGAGAGGAAGAGUAUACCUGAUCUGGUGUCGAGUUUCAAUAGCGGACGACUCUACACCCAAUGCGAACUCAUGUCGGUCCAUUACAAGCAGCCCAUCUUGCUCAUCGAGUUUGAAGAAUACAAGUCGUUCUCGCUAGAGAUCAUACAAGACAUGAAAACAUACGCGAAGCCAACGAGCAAGCACCCGUCCAAGAACAAAGCGACGGGUUCUGAACCCUCCGCACCUCCAUCGAUUCAAUCGAAACUCGUCCUCUUGACGCUCACCUUCCCGCGCGUUCGCAUCAUCUGGUCUUCUUCCCCUUACGCGACCGCCGAUAUCUUCAAUGAUCUCAAGGCAAACUUGCCCGAACCCGAUGUUCGCCAUGCCAUUGGGAUAGGUGCGGAGCGAGAUACCAAUGAAGGUGCUGCGGGAGACGGGGAAAGGGAUGAUGCAGCUGCAGAGGAGUUGUUGAGAAGUUUACCAGGCAUCACUGACAAGAAUCUAGCAUAUGUGAAGAGACGAGUGGGAAGUGUGAGAGGGUUGUGCGAUAUGACUCUAGAGGAAGUCAAGCAGGUCCUUGGGGACGAUCCAGGAAAGCGAUGUUGGGAAUUCUUGCACUGGGGAGAGCGUCAAGGUUGA